UUCUGAAGCCGGAAGUCGCCGUGAGUCGUGAAGUUCUGGGGAAGCUGCUUGGUCAACUCUUAUUCAAAACUUUGGACAGACUUAUUUAACUGCCGUUUUGACAAACCGAAUCUGUAGUUUCCUGACUAAUCGUGUUCGUGCGAGUUACGUGGCUUCCAGUCGAGCGUGAAGCGGCGAUUAAAGUGCUCCUCAUGGCAUUAUUUUGGGCGAGAGAGCAGUAAUUAGCAGAGCCCUGUUGAUCAGAUCAGCCAGAGGUCGCAGAACUGCAGUGUAAGCGGUGGUCUCUCAGGACUGUAGGAUGACGGAGUAUAAGUUGGUUGUUGUGGGAGCAGGUGGUGUUGGGAAGAGUGCUUUAACCAUCCAGCUCAUUCAGAAUCACUUUGUGGAUGAAUAUGACCCUACCAUUGAGGAUUCUUACAGGAAGCAGGUGGUGAUUGACGGUGAGACGUGUCUGCUGGACAUCCUGGACACUGCAGGUCAGGAAGAGUACAGCGCAAUGAGGGACCAGUACAUGAGGACAGGAGAGGGUUUCCUCUGUGUCUUUGCCAUAAACAACCUCAAAUCCUUCGCCGAUGUGCAUUUGUACAGAGAACAGAUCAAGCGCGUGAAGGACUCUGACGAUGUCCCCAUGGUCCUAGUGGGGAACAAGUGUGAUUUGGCCAGAACGGUGGACACCAAGCAAGCUCAGGAACUUGCCAGAAGCUACGGCAUUGAGUUUGUAGAAACCUCUGCCAAGACCAGACAGGGAGUUGAGGAUGCUUUUUACACCCUCGUCCGUGAGAUCCGGCAUUAUCGCAUGAAAAAGCUCAACAGCAGAGAAGACAGGAAGCAGGGCUGUCUGGGCGUGUCCUGUGAAGUCAUGUGACUGCACUGCCUCCCCUUUCUUUUAGUUUUUUUUGUUUUAUUAGCAUUUGUUGACCAGGCAGCUGGAAGCCUCAUGACCGCGCGUGCACAGAGUUGGCCCUCUGCUGGCUGAAAGGGAUUCAUGCACAACUGGUCAUCUUUCCCGUUGGCCUGCUGAAAUAAAAAAAAAAUGAGGCCAUUGGACACAUACGUGUUUCAACAGAGGCUUGUUUGUCUCAUUUAGUACUUGGGUUUUCCCUGUUCAUUGGGAAGCAAAAGGUAAACGGGCAUUGAGUUCUUCUUUCUUGACUUCUGAGCUGUUUUGAACACAGCAGCGCAUUGGCAUUGAUGGAAAUAAAUUCUAAAUUGUAAAAGGGUGCAUCUUGUACGUGCACACAUUUCACCACAAAAUUGAAAUUAACUAGGCAGUUAUAUUUUGAUGCUUUUUUUCACAUUUUUUUAUACAUCCCUCCUUGAAAUUCUCAUCAUAAUGCAUCCAAAUGUUAUCCUUAAUGAUUGUAUCUGUUGUUGUGGUGCAGUAACAUGUUUUAUUUUAAUAGCCCUGAAGGCAGUCUUAACACCUAAAACUAUGAUGCAUAAAUGCUUCAGAUUUUAUUUCUCGUUGUAGUUAUGAGAAUUGAGGAGGAGAUGUGCUUAAUUGCCAACAAAUAUGUGACUAAAAUGCAAAAACCCGUAAUACUCCUAUAAAUAUUGUUAAUAUCGUUUACCAAAAGUAUAAUUUUGUAUUUGUUAUUUUGAUUUUUAGGGUGAAACUUAGCAUUUUUAAGAUUCACCCAAGAAUGUUUUAAUUAGUUUAUAGGCAAGAGAAGGACCUGGGUUUUUAAAUCGUAUUUAAAUUGGGAUUCAUGUAAUAAGACCUUCCCCAUUUAUCUUUAAAAUAAAAGUUAUCUUCAGUUCUCUCUUAAAAAAAAAAAAAAAAAAAAAAAAAAAAAAAAGACCUUUAUAAGAGAGAACUUGAAAUGCCCUUUAAUCUUAAUCCGCAGGUUCAGUGCUCAGGAAUACUGUGAACGCAGAAGUUCUUCAGAAAUGUGUGGGAUUAUUUCUGUUUGUUUCUUUCCCUGUUGCCUUUCUUUUCUCUUUUUUUUUAUUUUCUGUUGUAGCCAAAGAGUUUGUUUAGCAUUUACGUUUUUGUCUCGUAUACUGUCUAGAGUUACUUUUAUCCUCUUUGCUCACGGAUGUUAAUUGUAUAUUUUGACAUGUAUAAUGCGUAAUGAUUAGAAUGAUUUGGUUUCGAUCGGAUUACACGCAUGGGAUGUGAUGGAUCUUACUUAAAGGGCCUUUUGAAUCAUGGUGCUGCUGGUGGACAAGCCAAAUCUGUGUGCCACCUUCUGCGUCCUGUAUAGCAUGACAUCUUUUAGCCCAUGUUAAAUUAUGUCUUAAAUCUUCCAAUGAAAGCUGUACAAAUGCGUUCAGUUCGGAAAUGUUUAUUUUGAUGCCUGAAGUCUCUACUUGAAAGCCAGUGAAGGUUUAUCAAGCUGUUAAAACUGUUAUAGGUGUUGACUAUCAUGUUAUUUAUAUGGCAUUUAUAUGAACCUGUGCCUGAUUUCAUUAACACUGAAAUCUGAAACAUGUUUUCAUUAAUAGUACUGUGUUUGGCCUUCUGUCUUGGCUUUAACAGAGGUAGGAUGUUUCUAGAAAAUACGAACUAAGUUUGCCAAUACGUUAACGAUUCUUUCUUUUUCAGCUGUAUGAAAACUUGAUUUCUGAUGUAUUUUGCCGUUUUAGCACAAUUUAUUAGUAUCACAGACUUUCUUUAAUCAGAAAAUUGUGAAAACAAACAUUUCAUGUCUUUUUUUUGGGCGGGAAAUAUUAAUGUGUAUUGGAUGUUUAAUGUGCCUAUCAUAUUGCAAGUUUUACCAGUAAAUUAAUUGAAAACUGAG